AUGAAGAUUUUAUGUUUGCAUGGACGUGGUUCCAAUAAUGAGAUCUUUCAAGCCCAAACCGCCUCUCUGAGAAGCAUUUUAGAUGAUUAUUCUUUCGACUUCGUCCAAGGAACAGAGCUACAUACAGAAGGAAAUUGGUCUGUAUUCACUACCCAAUUCUCAAGUUUGCCUCAGUACGGAUACUACAACCCCCUAAGUCCAUCAUCUGUAAAAAAAGCAGAGGAACAUCUACUAGAACUUAUCGAGGAAGAAGGAGGAUUCGAUGGAGUAUUAGGUUACUCUGGAGGGGCAGCAUUUGCGGCUCAAGCGAUUAUUCGGCACAACCAAAGAGAUCCGAGUGAACCGCUGUUUCGAUUUGCUAUCUUUGUCAAUGGCGGGACUCCUAUCAAGGCUUUCAAUCUAAGUGAAGAGAAGGUAAUGACUGGAGCAGUAGACACUGCAGCGAUAGAUAAGGAAUUGGCAGCAACUUUCUUUCGCCCCUCAAACAUGCGAGUGCGCAAAGGGGAUAACAGAGAAGAAGCCGAAAAGGCUAUCGAAUCGAGGAAGGAAGAAAUGAAGUCUAUUGAGACAGGCAAGCUUAGUGAUGGGAGAUACUUUUUGACCGACGGAAAACUUGGUUUGACGAGAUACGAGGGUGCACAAGAUGGUCCGCUUAUUGACAUCCCGACACUUCAUGUAAGGAGUGAACUCGAAGAUGAUGCUAAUCUGGGACUUAACUUGUUGAAUUUAUGCAACCCAGAUUUGGUUCGCGAAUACCAUCAUCCAUUUGGACAUGACUUCCCCAGAGGGCAGGAGGAAAUCCGAAAGAUUGCAGAGAUGAUUAUUGAGUUAGUGGAAUCAGCAUAA